AUGCUGCCCUGGCGCCGGAGCAAGUUCGUGCUGGUAGAAAACGAACGUAAGUGCAAAAGCAAGAGCCUGGGGCCGGGGCUGAGCUACGCGGCGUUGCUGGCCGGCUUCCUGCGCUCCUGCCCCGACCUCCUGCCCGACUGCCCGCUCGAGCGGCUGGGCAGCGUCUUCCGUGGCAAACGCCAGAAAGUGGAGCUGAACAAGGAGGACCCGACGUACACGGUGCGGUACCUGGGCAACGCCGUCACCCUGCACGCCAAGGGCGAGGGCUGCACGGAGGAGGCGGUGGGCAAGAUCUGGGCUAAGAGCGACGCGGGGGCCGGCGGGGCCAAGAUGAAGCUGACGUUGGGACCCCAAGGCAUCCGUAUGACCCCCUGCGAGAAGGGAGCCCGCCGGCCGGGCCACGCGUACCUCCUGCACCGCAUCACCUACUGUGCCGCCGACCGCCGGCACCCCAAGGUUUUCGCCUGGGUUUACCGGCACCAGGUGAAGAACAAGGCGGUGGUGCUGCGCUGCCACGCCGUCCUGGUCUCCAAAGCCGACAAGGCGCGCGCCAUGGCCCUGCUCCUCUACCAGACCUCUGCCUCCGCCUUCAACGAGUUCAAGCGCCUCAAAAGGCAGAACGAUUUCCGCCACGUCCAGCAGCAGCUCCUGGGCGACGCCAUCGUCCCCUUGGUGCCCCUCCGCCGGCUGCUCAACGCCAAGUGUCCCUACCGCCCGCCCGCUGAGAGGGCCCGCUGCGCUCCCCGCCUCAGCUCCAUCCUGGAGGAGGAGGAGGAGGAGGCCUUCAGUACCGGGGCACCCCGGGGGGACAGCGGUCCCACUGCCGUGCUGCGGCUGGCCAGGGAGAUGCGGGGCUGCAGCCUGCGUGGCCCCCGGCCCCCGGCGUGCUGA